UUUCACCCUCAAAGAAUGGCUGAGAGUCAACCCGAAGAAGUGUCCCAGGCCGCUCCAGCUCUUGAAGCAACUGCUGAAGCGGCUUCUGUCGCUGAUUCUGCUCCUCUUACUGGGGCUUCCGAAGAGGCUCCACAGGAGGAAGUUGUUGGGGAGCAGGUAAACGAGGUUACAGGGGAGGGAGAGACUUUAGGCGAUGAUGAGGGGAAAAUAAAAGUGGAGGAGCAAGAGCCGGGAGAGCCUCGAAUCACUGUAAAAGGACUUCAGGAUAAAAACGAAGAACGCAAGCGCUUGAAGCUUGAGAGGAUUAAAAAAAGGCUCGAGUUUGAGGAUGAGAAGAAAAAGGCCGAAUUAGACUUAGUGGAGGCCCAGAAGCCGAAACCAGUCAUGAAGUUGGAGGAGAAGUCUUCGGAGAAGGGUUCCUAUAAUUCAGAGACUGAGGGCGCCGAAGACGGUCUCGGCGAAGACGACAUUGACGAAAUGAAGGGAAUUAUAAAUCAAUAUGAUGACUUGGAGAUGCCGGAGUCCCCGGAGGACACCCAAGAUGAGAAAGUUGAGUCGGACAGCGAGGACACUCCCUUGCCGAGAUUGGGUACCUCCCUCAAGGGGGAAUUUAUUCGUACUUUUGACAGUCUGCCGAGCAUUUCUGAUAUUUCGCUGGACAUAACGGAGGAGCCCACCGAACCCGAACCUCCUAAAGCAGAGUCCCCCACCGGUUCCGAUCAUGGAAACUUCGUAGAGUCUGGACAGGAGGAGGGAGCGGGAGAGGGCGAGUCAGGGGAGUCCGAGGGCAGUCAGGCUGGUGGAGCUGCUGCUGCCACAGGAGCAGGAUCCGAAGAGGAGGCUAGCUCAGAGGAGGAAGACUUUUUUGAGGAUCUCCCUGAUGAACCGGAAGAGGAAAAGCGACCCGUUGUCGAUGAGGAGCCGGACACAAUGGCCAUGUUUGCCGAGGUCGCGGAGGUUCACGUUGAGGACAAGAGGGAACCUACACUUAAGGUGGAAGAGCCCUUCUGGUAUCGCCUUACCUACGAUUUUGUACACCAUCUGAUCAACAUGGUGGUCUCCAAGGUGGAAUCAAUUGAUAACAUCGCCAAGUUGAUGGACAAGCACAAGUUGGUCUGCGCUCUGCAGCAGGAGGUAGACGACUUCAUGGUCGAAAAGAACACAAACAACUCCCUCAACAAUGUGGUCUGCGACUACUAUCGGCGCCAGGGCAAGUUCCAGAACUUUGCCACCCUAACCCCGGAGGACUCGGACAACGAGGCCAUCCGCUAUAUGGCAGCCCUCAAUCUGGUGGACUUCCUUAUGGAGCGCGUUAAGACCUUGAAGAGCAAUCAUUUAAGUGCGGCCCACAAGGCGAUGUUGGAGCUGAACUCCCUUUCGGUCCUCUCCUACAGCGAGGAGCAGUAUCUGGAUAACUUCAUGCGCAAGACCCUCGUCCAUCGGGACAUGGAGAGGCUACGUCGAGCCCUGGAAUAUGAUAUGAAGAAGAUGUUGGAGAUGCGUAACCAAAUCAGCCAGAAGCGCUAUGAACUCAACCUAAACCUACACGCUCUGGCCUUUGUGGACGAAAAAGUCACUAGAUUUGAGAGGGUCACAGAUACCUUGACAAUUUCCCAGCUACUGUGCGCCAAUGAGUCUAUUAUUCAGUUGAGCAAGUUGCUUGAGGAAAAGAGCAAGGAUGUGGCUGUAAUGCAGUCGAAUUACAAGAAGUCAAUGAUCGAGGAGACCUGCAUCCGCGAGAAACGGGAUAUGAUCUCCUGCUCCCUGUCGAAGGCCAAGAAAGAGUACAAUGAUCUCAUAAAACGUCGCACCGAGCUGCGGAAGUUGCUGACCAAUCUACAGGCGGUCCACGCCAAUCUGAAACUUCAGCGAGCCCAGCUGGAGGCCAAAGGAGGACUACUCUUCAAAACGGCUCUAAUGUACGACUAUGACAAGUGCAUGGCAGACGUGGUAUCUAAACGCAAGCGUAUUGUUGGCCUUAAGAAGACCAUUUCGGAUUUUAACAAACGCAUUUACGUGAUUGAACAAGGAUUCAACGAGCAGUCGCCAAAUUAAUUUGAGUACAGUUGUAAUACAUAAUUUUCUAUUUUCACACAGACAAUAUAAUUGUUAUUGAGCUCAAA